UCGAACUCCCCCACGCACUUGUUUUCCCUUCGGGCGACGAGCAGCUGUUCCUCCCUCGCUUCCUGGUCUUGGGCGAUUUCUGGCAGGAUUAACGACCGCACAAAUGGGAGCGGAUUACAUCAGCUAUGCUUACGCCUCGGCGGUGGCCUUGGGAGGGAUUAUUGGAUAUGCUAAGGCUGGCAGCAUUCCGUCCCUGGGAGCUGGGCUGCUCUUUGGCUCGGUUUUGGGCUACGGGGCUUACCAGCUGAGUGAGAACCCCAACAACUACUACCUCACCCUUGGCACAAGCACUGCUCUCGGGGGCCUCAUGGGCAUGCGCUUCAUCAACUCGGGAAAGUUCAUGCCUCCCGGGCUCAUUGCUGUGAUGAGCUUAGCAAUGGUGGCUCGAUUGGGAGCACGAGCUGUUGGCCUCACAGACACCAAGAUCCAGUAAAUACUACAAUCAAUCGAUAAUUGGGGCAUCCUGCCAGCAUUCUUCAACUUCUUCAUGUCUACUUAAGAAGGUGCUUAAGGGUUGUAUUUCAUGCUGGAGUAUUUAUUCUAAAGGAAGAUGAAUCACAUAGGCAAAGUAACAUGUUGAAUGAUAUAUGCUCUGAUAUUCUUUGAGAUUAUAGUUUGUUCUGUCAGGGGAGAGUGUAGCAAGAAGAUCGAACAAUUAAUGUAGUGUGGUGUGUGUUUUCAAAUUGCUUGUUUCCAAAAAUUGAAAAUGUUACAUUUGGAUAGAAAAAGGAAAUAGAUAUAUUUUCAAUUUUUGUGAAAACCAGACCUUCAUGGAAGAUGUUACUAUAUGAAAGUUAUUUUAUUGUAACAUGCUCUUUUACUCUUGUUCCAAUAAACAUAAAAUAAAAC